AAUACUACGCCCGAGAUGGUGGCUAAGCGUGAGAAACAUGCACAGAGUGCAAGACAGAGGAACCACUACCAUCAUAUGGGUUCCUACACUUACGCGAGGGCGAGACAAACGUGGACUAACGACAAAUUUUACCCUUCUACGACGACCGAUUCUACCUCCAACGCCACAUCUAUCACAGUUGAUCGUGUCGCUGAUUGGUGGUGCUCCAUGCAUACGCCUGAUCGGGACAAUAAGAUGACCAUUUCAGAUCCGGGGACCUUGAAGAUAGCCAAUGUCGUUAGUUCAGGAAAAUCUUCUGUUCUUGAGAGUAUUGUUGGACGUGAUUUUCUUCCUCGUGGUUCAGGUAUCGCGACUAGAAGGCCUUUGAUUUUACAGCUAUACAAGAUAGAGCAAGGAGAAGAGGAGUAUGCAAAGUUUCAUCACUUGCCAGAAAAGCGAUUCACAGAUUUUUCACUGGUACGAAAAGAAAUCCAAGAUGACACUGAUAAAAUAACUGACAAUUCAAAGCAUAUUUCUCCGGUCCCCAUUCAACUAAGCAUCUAUUCUCCUAAUGUUGUGAACUUGGCGAUGAUUGAUCUACCUGGUUUAACAAAGGUAGCUGUAGAGGGGCAACCAGAGAACAUAGCAGAAGACAUCGAGAAGCUGGUCCUCUCAUAUGUGGAGAAGCCCAAUAGCAUCAUCCUAGCCAUAACUCCAGCCAAUCAAGAUGUAGCAACAUCUGAUGCUAUCAGACUAGCUAGGCAAGUUGAUCCGGCAGGUGAACGAACGUUUGGUGUCUUGACCAAGCUUGAUCUAAUGGAUAAAGGAACAAAUGCUCUUGAGGUUCUUGAAGGAAAAUCGUUUCGGUUGCAACAUCCUUGGGUAGGAAUCGUAAAUCGAUCACAAGCAGAUAUUAACAAAGAUGUUGAUAUGCUUGCUGCAAGACGUAGAGAACAUGAAUUCUUUGCAACUAAUCCUGAUUAUGCACAGCUUGCCAGCAAAAUGGGCUCAGAGCAUCUUGUGAAACUUCUAUCAGGACAUCUGGAGAAUGUAAUUAAGGCAAGAAUUCCAGCGAUUACGACACUAAUGAACAAAAGCAUUGACGAAGCUGAAUCUGAGCUAGAUUACCUCGGUAGACCUGUCACCGUUGAUACAGGGGCACAGUUAUAUACUAUUCUAGAACUCUGCCGCGCAUUUGAUCGCACAUUCACAGAGCAUCUGGAGGGAGGUCGACCAGGAGGUGAUCGUAUAUAUGGGGUAUUCGAUUAUAUGCUCCCAAAGGCUCUGAAGAAAUUGCCAUUUGCCAGUCAUCUCUCAGUACAGAAUGUGCGAAAGGUUGUCUCACAGGCUGAUGGUUAUCAGCCUCAUCUUAUUGCACCUGAGCUGGGGUACAGACGCCUUAUUGAAAGUUCUCUCAAGUUCUUUACAGGUCCAGCUGUAGCUUCAGUGGAAACUGUCCAUAACAUUUUGAUAGAGGUUGUGAGGACUGCUGUUAAAGGAACGCAGGAGUUAAAGCGCUUUCCCACUCUUCAAUAUGAAAUAGCAUCAGCUGCAAAUGCAGCAUUAGAGAGGUUUCGCGAGGACAGCAAGAAGACGACUUUGCGCUUAGUAGGAAUGGAAUCCACAUAUAUUACUCCUCAUUUCUUCCGCAAGCUCUCCCUAGAUGAUGAUAAAUUCCUUGUUGCUACUACUAAUCUUCCACACACAGAGGCCUACUUUAAAAAGAUUGGCUCAAAUGUGUCAACUUAUGUCAGUAUGGUAUCUGAAACACUGAGGAACUCCAUUCCGAAAGCUGUUGUGCUUUGCCAGGUUAGGGAAGCAAAACGGUCUUUGCUGAAUCACUUCUACAUGCAACUUGGUAGCAAAGAGGGUAAGCAGCUCGCACGACUGCUGGAUGAAGAUCCAGUACUAAUGGAGAGGAGAGAGAAAUGUCUGAAAAGGCUGGAGUUGUACAGAUCUGUGAGAGAUGAGAUUGAAUCAGUCUCUUAGAGUAGAUGAGAGAUCUCGCUUUACUUUCCCUUGUUAAACUUGUCUCUGCUGUAGCUUAGAUAUUUCUCUUCAGUAGAUUUGGUGUUGGGACAUUCCCCUGUUUUGGGAAGAGAUAAUUUAAACUUGGAAUAAUAUUAGAUGGUUCAAGAUGCAUCUAUCCUAUGAUUUUGCCCCCAUCUCAGAGAUGACAAAUUUCAUCCAAUCUCAGAAUUUUUCUUAGAAUAGGUCAGGAAAAUCCCAAAAAAGUUCACAUGUACGCAGACAUAGUACUUAAAAAAUGCGAGAUAUUUUGCCCGUCUGUGAGAUGAAGAUAUCACUCCUCAAUGAAUGUAGCAAGAAACUAAAUUUGAAGCACUGUUAAGUGUUAACAUAGAUGCUGAGGCUGACCUGUUUGCAGCAAGCUUUUUGGAUCAAUAUUGUUUUAUUGUAUAGAUGAGGAGUAAUUCUGUUUAUCAGUAUUUAAUCGACUGGAUAAUGAACAAAUACAUCUGCCUCCAGCAGUAUCAGUAAGGAGAACAGACGAGCUUUGAAACUACAAAAUUCCAAGAGAUGCAGCAUAUGUGUGCAUGUCACCUAAUUUUAUUCUUCAGCCAAUAUGAAUUUUCGCAACUUGGAAGACCUGUUCACAGACCUCUCUAAUGCUUAUAUGCAUCUUCUAAAACUAAACAUCUCAAGCUGCAUCUGUUUGAGUUCCAGCACCACCUUGCUUUUCAAGCUCCUCCAAAGCAGCCCACAAUUUUGGAUCUUCAUAAUCUUUAAUGAGGAAAGCUGGUUUUUCUUCCAUCAAAAGGUUUUCAGGAUUUCUGGUACUUAAACCGAUCACAGGCAUUCCAGCAGCUACCCCAGCUCUGAUUCCAGAAGGAGAAUCCUA